AUCACGACGGUUAAAGCGUAAUUGGUUUUAUUUUGAAAGGCAUUGACCGGACGUGUGUUCCCUGUUGGAAGCAGCUGAGCACUUAGAGGACACGCACUGUUUUACUGCAGAGCCGCAGACAAGACCUCAAUGUUAAAUAAUACUAAUAUACCUGUUUACAUAGUUUGAGUAAAGGAUAUAUUUCUGAGUUUUGCGACACUCGGAAACAACAUUUAUAACAACUUAACUGUUGUUUUACACAGUUAUAACAUUAACCCUCGACAAGUUCGUUGUUCGUCAACGUUACCUGGAAUCACUGAGUGAGUCAGAUUGACGCUUCGCUGUUGGGACGAUGAGCUGCUUGAAGCAAGAAGAAACUAGAAGUGGGUCCCCACAUUGCCCCAAGCCAGAUGAGUCUGAGGAGCCGCUGGGUACAGCCAUGGAGACUGAAACCGCACAAGAUGUCAGUGUGAAAUGUGAGAAUUCUGAAGUGGUCAUCACUAAGGAAAUGGAGGAAGAAGAGAAGCAGCUGAGGGAGGAAGGGGAGCGGAAAGAAAUGGAGAUGAUGGAAAAGGCCAGGGAGUCCCGGGAGAGAGAUUCUCAUGACAUGCGCUUCAAGAGACUGCAGCAUUUGCUUCAGAAGAGCAACAUCUACUCUAAAUUCUUACUGACCAAAAUGGAGCAACAACAGAAUGAGGAGAAACUCCGGAAGGACACACUUGAAAAGAAGGCCAAGAAGAAAACAAGCAGUGCAGAGCCUGAGAAAGCAGAUAAAAAGAAGAGGAAGAGGAAUGAAGACUACAAAAUAGCAGACGUCAUGUCAAAAGAAGAAAUCAUGUCACAAGCUAAAAAAGCAAAAGUGGAUGAAGUGGACAAGGCACCGGCCAGGAAGAAACUUCAAGCUGAAGAUAUCGAGAAGAUAAGUGAUUCCAACCAAGAUAUCAAGAACCGUCUGUCGGAGGCGGUGCGAGAAAACGCCAAGCAUCUUCUGCAUCCUGACAGGAAGGUGAAUGGCCAGCCGGUCCCCGCCCAGCAACCUCAACUCUUCACUGGGGGCGUCAUGAGGUGGUACCAGAUAGAAGGCAUCGAAUGGCUGAGGAUGCUGUGGGAGAACGGCAUCAAUGGGAUCCUGGCUGAUGAGAUGGGACUGGGAAAGACCAUCCAGUGCAUCGCUCACAUCGCCAUGAUGGUAGAAAAAAAAGUAAUGGGCCCCUUUCUGGUGGUGGCCCCUCUCUCCACUUUGCCUAACUGGAUCAGCGAAUUCCAGCGUUUCACCCCAGAGGUGUCCGUGCUGCUUUACCACGGCCAACAGUCGGAGAGGGCCAAAGUGCUGAAGCAGAUCCGCAGCUCUCACGGGGCCCUUGGCAUGUUUCCUGUCGUCGUCACGUCCUUUGAGAUCGCCAUGAUAGACAGAAAGUUUCUACAGCGCUUCCAGUGGAGGUACCUGAUCGUGGAUGAAGGUCACAGGAUCAAAAACCUUAACUGUCGGCUGGUGCGAGAGCUGAAGAUGCUGCCCACUGACAACAAGCUGCUGCUGACGGGCACACCGCUGCAGAACAACCUGGCUGAGCUUUGGUCCCUGCUCAACUUCCUCCUGCCAGAGGUCUUUGAUGACCUCAAGAGCUUUGAGUCCUGGUUUGACAUCGACAGCAUCGGUGAAGCAGAGUGUGUGGUGGCUACUGAGCGUGAGCAGAACAUUCUGAGUAUGCUGCACCAGAUUCUGACUCCGUUCCUGCUGAGGAGGCUGAAAUCGGACGUGACGCUGGAGGUUCCUCCGAAAAAGGAGAUGAUCGUUUACGCUCCUCUGACAGCCAAACAGGAGGCCUUUUACACCGCGGUGGUCAACAAAACCAUUACCAAGAUGCUGGGCCAGGAAAAGAUAGAAGCUCCUGUAGCAUUGACGUCCAGCGGCAGGCCGAAGCGCCGCAAUCGGAAGGUGGUGGACUAUAAGGAAAGAGACGGAGACUCACCGUAUGACCUAGAGAAAUAUCUGGAGAUGGUCAGCAAGGAAGCCCAGCAGAGCUCCUGUCCAGCGCUGGAUGUCCACACCCCGAAGGACGCCGAGGUCAACCUAAAGUUGCGGAAUAUGCUCAUGCUGCUAAGGAAAUGCUGUAACCACCCAUACCUGGUGGAGUACCCCCUGGACCCUGCCACACAGGAGUUUAAGAUCGAUGAGGAGCUGGUGAAGAGCUCUGGGAAGUUUCUAAUCCUGGACAGACUGCUUCCUGCACUAAAGGAAAGGGGACAUAAGGUUCUGAUCUUCAGUCAGAUGACGUCCAUCUUGGAUCUUUUGAUGGAUUACUGCUAUCUGCGGGGCUUCAAGUACAGUCGACUGGAUGGCAGCAUGUCGUACUCUGACAGAAAUGAAAAUAUGACCAAGUUCUCCACAGACCCAGAGGUGUUCCUGUUCCUGCUGAGCACCAGAGCAGGAGGUCUCGGGAUCAACCUGACAGCUGCUGAUACUGUCAUUAUCUUUGAUAGUGACUGGAACCCACAGGCUGACCUGCAGGCUCAGGACCGCUGUCACAGAAUCGGGCAAACCAAACCGGUGGUGGUGUACCGCCUGAUCACAGCCAACACAAUCGACCAAAAGAUACUGGAGAAGGCCUCGGCUAAGAGGAAGCUGGAGCAGAUGGUCAUCCACAAGAAUAAGUUCAAAGGUGGGAGGGCAGAGCUGAACCAGAGUAAAAGCUGCAUUGAUCUGGAUGAGCUGAUGGAGCUGCUCAAAGCCAGAGGCACUGAGAAAGAGGUGAAGGCAUCAAAGGGGAAGGUGAUCAGCGACAAGGACCUGGACAUUCUGCUAGAUCGCAGUGAUCUGCUGGACAAAAACAAGGGGAGCAUGAAGAAAGAGAAGGCGGGAGUCUUCAGAGCGAUCGAUGCCAAAGAGAUGUCAGAGAUCUUGUUGACCUGAGAACACCUUUGUGUUGACUCCUAAAGAAGAUUUAAAGAUGCAACUCAACUGCUGUCACUUGUAAUAGAGAAAACCUCCUGAAACUGCUGUUUGUGGACUUUGACGUAUGUUUGUCUUUUACUUUAACCACCUUGAUAGUACCCUGUUUAAUUACCUUUUUGUCAACCACUCUACCCUUUUAAAGAGUCGUUUUUUUAUGGCCACCAAUGAUGAUUUUGCUUAAUGUAAGCUAAAAUAUGAGGAAAAAUUUGUUUUGUUUUUUUGACAGAUUCUUCUACAUUUAGUCCAACUGUUAGUUAACUGGACACUAGAGUAAGAAGAACAUUAUUUUUGUUAAAGGAGAAGUAAAGAACUGCAUCACUGCUCAAACUGUCCUGACUGUUUACAUGAUCUAUGCAUCUGGUUUAAGAGACUGGAGUGACAUGGUUAGGUCAGGUUGGUCCUCUUAUAUUUUCAUUUAGCCAUUCCAAACAUUUGAUCUGUAUUAUCUUUAACUAUGUUUUAAUCAAAGCACUUUACUCCAGGUAAAGCCUACAUGUUUUUCUAUGUCUUUUUAUAUAAAUAAAGUAUGAUUUGUUAA